CUUUUGUAAUUCUUUCAUCUUCAACAACACCAACACUAUCACAAAGCCAAGCACACUACAUUGACACAAUCAUGGACAUUUUCGUGAAAACGCUGACCGGCAAGGUCAUUCCGAUGAACGUCAAGGACAGCGAUCUGAUUUCGACAAUCACAGCGUUCAUCCAGAAGAAAGAGCUUGUGCCUGCCGCGCGCCAGCUCCUCACGUUUGCAGGCAAGCCGCUCGAAGCCGACAAGACGGUUGGAUUUUACUCCAUCACCAAAGAGUCGGUGCUCAAGGUCGAAUUUAUGGCGCCCAAGACAAUCAACCUCUUUGUCAAAACCGCCACCGGACUCGUCACGCCCGUCACCAUCAAAGGCAAUGAGCCAGUGCGCCGCAUCUUUGACAUUAUGCGCGACACGCACGGUAUUGCGGCCGAAGACUUGACGCUCGAGUACGACGGAGUUGUGCUCGAGACUGGGCGUGCAGUUGACAGCUACAACGUCAAGGAAGAGGCGGUUCUCAACGCCACCGUUGUCGUCUCUGCCAGCUCCAAAGGCAAGGGUUCCUCGGCAUCGAGCAAGCCCGACAACGGGUCCUUUACUACAAGCAUUGACAAGCAUGCUUUGAUGCAAAGCUUUGCCACCGGCCAGUCAAACAAGGUUGAGAUUUGCUUUGCGUUCGACACUACUGGAAGCAUGUCUUCGUACAUUGCCGCGGUUCGCGCAGAGCUCAAGUCCAUCAGCACCAAGCUCAUGAGCAACAUUAGCAGUCUCCGGAUUUCGAUUUGCGCGUUCGGCGACUACUGCGACCAAUUCAGCUCGUACGUGCUCAAGCAAGAGGAUUUGACCUCGGACAUCAAGAAGCUUUGCUCCUUUGUGGAGAAGGUCGGCAACACGGGCGGCGGUGACGCACCAGAGUGCUACGAGUACGUGCUGCGCCGCAUCCAGGACUUGUCCUGGAGCGAAGACGCCUCCAAGGCCCUCGUGUUGAUCGGAGACGCCGACCCGCACCCGGCAGACUACACUUCGCUUCACAUUGACUGGCGCUUGGAAGCGGAGCAGCUUGCUCACAUGGGCAUCAAGGUGUACAGCGUUCAAGCCGGUGGCUCGUCGGGCACUCACUUCUACCGGGACGUGGCAGCCAUGACUGGCGGCUACUUUGUUCCGUUUACGCAGUUCCAGCUGAUCACCGACAUGUUUUUGGCGGCUUGCUACCGAGAGGCGAGCGAGAAGCACCUGGCGGCAUUCAAAGCCGAAAAGCAAAGCGCGGGCAAGAUGGACGCCCAGCUGACGAGCAUGAUGGACGCCAUUUCCGGCCCGGCCAAGGAGGCCACCGUGUUUGCUGAAGCUGAAGCUGAGGUGGAAGACAGCUCGUCUCUGAAGCCUGGUUCAGCAAAGCAAGCAAAGGUCCCUAGACGUACCCAGAUCGUAUAUGGCCAGCCCAACUACUUUUACGAGGAAAAGUCGGGCAAGUUCCAGCAGUAUUCGGCAAAGUAUGAAAAGGCGUACAAGAAGAUUCUGGCGGCGGAAGCGGGCGAGAGCGUUGACAAUUUUGCCGACGACGACGAGGAUUCGGGCGAAACGAGUCGAGCGUCUGACAGUGGCGUUGCAUCGUCCGAGGACUCUGACUCUGACUCUGAGGCCGCACGCAAGCCGACCGAGCCGCAUACUGUCAUUCCUGGCUCGCCUCGCAAGAAGCGCUCACACGAGAAGACUUCCGAUGCCUCCAAGCCCCGUGUUUCGAGGAAAUCGAAAGCAAAGGACGGCAGGUGCGUCAUUUGCUAAGAACCACCAUCAUCGUUGGGUUUUAGCGCUUGUUCCAACAACAACAACAACAACAACAACAACAAAAUGUAAUUACAUGUAUACUUUGAACUGAUUUGGUUGUAUAAUAAAAAGGUGAUAUUAUGAAGGA